AUGGCGACCCGUCAAAAAACAGUCUUAAUCACAGGCUGCACCCCCGGCGGUAUCGGCCACGAACUUGCCUUAGAAUUCCUCCGCCGCGGCUUCCAAGUUUUCGGCACCGUACGCUCCGAAGAAGCCAAAAAGACGCUGCUGAGCGAGGGCGUCAUAGCAGUCACCCUUGAAGUCACGUCGGAUGCGAGCAUUCAGGCGCUGCAUGAUGAGAUUUGUGAGCGUGUUGGCGGAAAGCUUGAUGUUUUGGUUAACAAUGUCGGCAUAAGCCACACAGUCCCUGUGCUGGACCUAAAAAUCGAAGACAUGCGCAGGGUUUUCGAAAUCAACGUGUUUAGUUGUAUUCGCUUGGUGCAGGCGUUUGCUCCACUUCUUAUUGAAGCGAAAGGAAAGAUUGCGAACAUAGGGUCUGUGGCUGGUAUUGUGCCGUAUGUAUUCGGUGGAUGCUACAAUGCGUCCAAAGCAGCACUACAUUCCUAUACAGAUGCGCUGAGGUUAGAGAUGGCGCCGUUCGGUGUUCAGGUUGUCCUGGUUGUCACAGCUGGUGUGAAGAGUAGGAUAUCCGAUGUUAAGAAGCGGCUUCCACCGAAUUCGCUGUACAUGCCCAUAGAGGAAGACUAUUUGUUCCGUCAAGGAAACUCUCAGCGAACGGCAAUGCCGACGGAAACCUACGCACGGAAAGUCGUGAGCGACCUUCUCGAACCAACCUCCAAAGCCUGGCUAUGGCGUGGACAUCAAUCAAGUCUGGUCAAAUGGCUUUCAUGGCUUCUUCCCCGCGGCUUCUGGGAUCUUUACUUUUCCAGAAAAUUCGGGCUUGGGAAGUUACGUUCAUAG